AUGUCGUUGCCCAUGAAGCGGUCGUUCAGCUCGGAGGGCGGCGCGACCUCCAAGCGCGACUGGAAGAUGCGGCUCAGUCUGCGGAGCCGCAGCGGGCACAGCGUCGACAGUCGCACUCCUAUGUAUGUCAAGGAGGCGCUGCGCGGGCGCAGAUGCGCAUCACUGCGUUCUGCGGCGACGCCGGCGCGCGGGCAGGAGGAGUCUGGGCGCAGCACUCCCUCUGCCGCGCACCGAGCUUCGCCCUCGCCCGCUGACACUCCAGCACCCAAGAAAUCCAACUGGGAAGUGAUCGAACACUUCUCAUCCAGCAAGACCAAGAGAAGCCCCACUGCUGUGGAAGCAGAAGGCGGCGCUGCGUCCUCGUCGCCAGCGCUGCCUCUCUGCCCCGCUGGGAGACCUGAUGCCGACGUACAGCCUCUGCUCACUGAAGCAGAAGGGCAAGCAGAUGGCACCGGCGGUCUCGGCGGGAUCGAAGACGACGAGGAGGAGGACACCGGAUGGUGGGGCAACUGCGUCAGCAAUUGCCCACCGCCCGUGCAGGACCUCUGUACUUCUAACCGAUUUGACAACCUACACGUGGAGAUGUUGUACCAGCGCUACUUCCUGCGCAUGAACCAGACCAACAUGACGCACCUGCUAGGCCUGCUGCUGGCCGUGGCCGUGGGCCUGCUGGUGGUGCAGGUGCGCACACUGCUCAUCGCGCAGAACCUCCUCAGCAAGUACCAGCCCAUGCUCAACAUCACCGAUGACUUCAACCGAUACCAUGACCCCAACCGAUACGUGAACGUGACAACCUCCCGAUACCACGAAGAGUUGGCGGCGAUCAACGCGACGCAGUUCCACGUGUACUACGAGAAGGAGCGCGUCGCGCACAUCGUCAACAUCAUCGUCCUCGGACUUACCGCCCUCGUCUAUGCAUGCCUGCUGGCGUGCCUGACGCGCCCGGCCAUGAACGAGAUCUACUUGCUCACCAUCUCCUACGUGGUGCUCGUCACCUUCCUGCUGGUGGAGCUCGCCCUGGCGGGCACCGCCGUCCUGCGUGGACUGAGCAUCAGCACGGGCUCGUGCGCGCUGUUCACGUACGUGACGUACGCGGCGCUGCCCGUGCGCCUGCAUGAGGCCGUGGUGGCCGGCCUGGCGCUCAGCAUCGUCAACAUCGGCGCUCACCUCAUCCUCGAUGAGCAUGCUGAAGUCCACCAAAUCUACUGCACGGUGGCGACACUGAUCGCGUGCAACUUGGCGGGCAUCAUGACCCACAACCCGCGCGAGCUGGCGCAGCGCCGCGCCUUCCUCGAGACGCGCGACUGCGUCGAGGCGCGCCUCGUCACCCAGCGCGAGAACCAGCAGCAGGAGCGCCUGCUGCUGUCCGUGCUGCCGCGCCACGUCGCCAUGGAGAUGAAGGCCGACAUCGCCAGCCAGCCGCGCCAGGAGCAAUUCCAUAAGAUCUACAUCCAGCGCUAUGAGAACGUCAGCAUCCUGUUCGCUGACAUCUGCGGCUUCACCUCCCUGUCCGACCAGUGCACCGCUGAGGAGCUGGUGCGCCUGCUGAACGAGCUCUUCGCUCGUUUCGACCGGCUGGCAGCAGAACACCACUGCCUGCGCAUCAAGCUGCUGGGCGACUGCUACUACUGCGUGUCUGGCCUGCCCGAGGCGCGUGACGACCACGCCAAAUGCUGCGUUGAGAUGGGACUCGACAUGAUUGAUGCCAUCGCGCUGGUGCGCGAGGUGAUGGCCGUCAAUGUGAACAUGCGCGUCGGUAUCCACACCGGCCGUGUGCACUGCGUAGUACUUGGCCUGCGCAAAUGGCAGUUCGAUGUCUGGUCCAAUGACGUCACCCUCGCCAACUACAUGGAGAGUGGCGGUGUCGCUGGACGCGUGCACAUCACAAAGGAGACGCUGCGCUGCCUGGGCGAUGACUACAAGGUGGAGCCCGGCCACGGCGGACUGCGCAAUGCCUACCUGAAGGACCACAACAUCGAGACCUACCUCAUCGUACCCGACGAUACCAGCCGAGUGGACAAGAAGCCGCAGCACUCGUUCUCGCUGAACGGCAACGUGUCGAAAGAGAUGCGCGUCAUGGGCCACGGCUCGCAGCACGGCAAGCACUCCUCCAAGAUCGGAGUAGAUGCCAGCAACGAGAACAAAAAGCCGGAGGAUGAGGUGAACGAGUACCUGAUGAAGGCGAUCGACGCGCGCUCCACGGACAGGCUGCGCGCCGAGCACUGCCGCCCCUGCACGCUCACCUUCCGCGACAGCAAGCUGGAGCGCAAGUACACCGGCGAGCGCGACCGCAUGAUGAAGGUGUACUUCAUCUGCACCCUGGCGAUCUACUUCGCCAGCGUUGUCAUCCAGGUCGUCUCAUACAACCUGAAGCCGGUAAGCAUUAUCACCAUCGCUACGUCUGGCAUCAUCAUCUGCUCGUUCACGUACUUGGUGCUCUGCCUGGACUUUGAGCACUCGAACCCGCGCCUGCGCCGCCUGUCGGAGCGCGUGCACAACAACCGCACGCUAGCACAGAUGGUGUCCUUCACCGUCGUCACCUCCUUCAUCAUCCAGAUCCAGGUCGUUAUGUGUGUGCAGGUGCAAGGUCUGUUCGAUUCGGAGAGCAAGCAGGAGUUUCUGGCCAACGAGACUCGGCAGGGCGACUUCCACCACUGCCCACACGACAUGAACGAGCACUACCUGCAACUGACGCUGCUGGCGAUGUUCCUGUGCGCCGUGCACCAGAUCCUCAUCACGGUGGUGAAGCUGCUGCUGCUCUCGUUCACGUGCACUGCGUACGCCACCGUCACGAUCCACGAGCACAUGAUCUUCAAGCAACACUUCCACGACUAUCAUGUGGUCCACAGACACCGCUGCGGGCUCGACUGGAACCAACAAUGGACCGAUGUGGUGAUUGCAGUGGGUGCCACAGUGGCCCUACUGCUGCACUCGCACCAGACCGAGAGCACGUACCGGCUCGACUUCAUCUGGAAACUGCAGGCCAACGAUGAGAAGGAGGAGAUGGAGCACUUGGAGGCGUACAACCGCAAGCUGCUGGCCAACAUCCUGCCCGAGCACGUCGCACAGCACUUCCUCUGCAGCGACAAGAACAUCGAUGAGUUGUACCACGAGCAAUGCGAGUCAGUGUGCGUCAUGUUCGCAUCCAUCCCGAACUUCUCGGAAUUCUAUGUAGAACUGGAGGGCAACAAUGAGGGCGUAGAGUGCCUGCGCCUCCUCAACGAGAUUAUCGCCGACUUCGACGAAAUCCUUGCCGAGGACCAGUUCAAAUACAUUGAGAAGAUCAAGAGCACAGGUGCCACAUACAUGGCCGCAUCAGGGCUGACGGCCGCCACGCGCGACCUCCGCGGUUUCCGCCACGUGACCGCGAUGGCUGACUACGCACUGCGCCUGCGGGAGCAGCUGCAGUAUGUCAACGAGCACUCGUUCAACAGCUUCCGAAUCCGGAUUGGCAUCAACAUCGGGCCGGUGGUAGCAGGCGUGAUCGGAGCCCGCAAGCCUCAGUACGACAUCUGGGGCAACGCCGUGAACGUGGCGUCGCGCAUGGACUCCACGGGGCUGCUCGACCAUAUCCAGGUGACGGAGGAGGUGUACGAGAUCCUGGCCAUGCGCGGCUACAAGCUGCGCUGCCGGGGCACCAUCGACGUGAAGGGCAAGGGUAACAUGGUCACCUACUUCCUGGAGGGCAUCGGGGAGACCACCUCGCCAGGCACCCUCGACAUCUACAGCAACCCGCAGCCAUCCACGUCUGGCACGAGCCAGGAGUGCAGCAACACGACCGGCGGCCGGCCCGAGCACCGACCCUUGGAGACCCUCUCGGAGGGACACACCGACGAGGACGGUGGACCUUCGCCCAGGGCGUCCAUCCCCAGGGAGAACAACGACAUGGCUAGCCCGAAACUAGCAAACGGCGAGGGCGGCGCGUCGUCCCGCGAGAGCAUCGCGGAGGCAGUGCGCGCGCGCGUGCUGCGCCGGCUCGAGCGGCCACUGUCGCUGGCGGACCACGCCGGCAUGCCCACCAUCACGUCGCUGCUCAACUCGAAGGCGUACUCCACGGACUUCGACCAAACAUUCCACAUCACCGAGACCAAGAAAAACUUCUCGCUGAGCGACGUGAAGCGUGGCGUGGCCGAGUCGCGCAGCAGCGGGGAGAUCGAGGCUCUCCUGGAGGGCAGUGGCCCUCGCCGUGCUGCCAGCUUGGCAGACUUCCUCUUCCGUCGUAAGCAAAACAAGCUCAACGCUGCGGUGGUGAAUGUCAUUGAGAACCCAAUGACAGCCAUGUAUGACUACAGCCCCGCCGGCUCGCCGGCACACGACGACACUCACGUCGCCUAA